AGCAGUGUGCAGCGGAGAAAAUGCAUCGAUUAAACGCAACGGGCCGAAUACUAUCGCGGUUAAUCCUUUCCGGAGCGCAGCGGAAUGUACCUUGUUCGGUGCGCACUUACUCUACCCGAAGACCGGGUUUCUUCACACAAGUGAUAGGCAACAUCAAGCAGGAGAUGGAGAAAAACAAAGAGAUGAAAGAGAACCUGAAAAAGUUCCGUGAGGAAGCGGAGCGGCUCGAGCAGUCCGAUGCGCUGAAGGCGGCACGACAAAAGUUUAACACGGUUGAGUCGGAGGCGAACAAGGGCAGCGAAGCGUUGCGAGAAAAUCUGGGCAAGAUACGAGGGCGCGUGUCGGACGCUUUGGACGAGGUGGCCAAGACCGACCUGGCCCGUAAGGCGGGCCAGCUUGGCGAAGAGCUUGGCAAGACGGCGCGCGGCGUAGGCGAAACGCUCGCCGAAAAGGGCCAGGCGCUGGGCCAGUCGAGCGCUUUUCAUGGCAUUAGCGAAACGGCGAAGGUUGUGCGCCAAGAAAUGGACGCGCAGGGUUUCGAGGCACGUGUUUACCGCAGUCCACUGAAUCUUCGGAAGCGCGUCGAGGUGUCGAUGACGUCAGAAGCGUCGUCCCGUGUCGUAGUGCCGAACGCGGACGCGACCGGCAUGCAACUGCACAAAGACAGCAAACUGUACCAGUCAUGGGAGGAUUUCAAAAACAACAACCAGUACGUGAACAAGGUGCUCACGUGGAAGAUGCAGUACGACGAGUCCGAGAACCCGAUGAUCCGAGCGUCUCGGCUGCUGACGGACAAGGUAAGCGACAUCAUGGGCAACCUGUUCUCGAAGACGGAACUCUCAGAGACGCUGACAGAGCUGUGCAAGAUCGAUCCGAGCUUCGACCAAAAGCAGUUCCUGAGCGAUUGCGAGAACGACAUCAUUCCAAACGUGCUGGAGUCGAUCGUACGGGGCGAGCUGGAGGUGUUGCGCGACUGGUGCUUCGAGAGCACGUACAACAUCAUCGCAACGCCGAUCUCACAGGCACAAAAGGCCGGUUACCGGCUCGACUCGAAAAUCCUCGACAUCGAGAACGUCGACCUGGCGAUGGGCAAGGUGAUGGAGCAGGGUCCGGUGCUGAUCGUCACCUUCCAGACGCAACAGAUCAUGUGCGUGCGGGAUGGGAAAGGCGCCGUCAUCGAGGGUGAUCCAGAGGAGGUGAUGCGCUGCCAUCAUGUGUGGGUACUGUGCCGCGACCCGAAAGAACUGGACCCGAAAGCCGCCUGGCGCCUUAUGGAAAUGUCAGCCAACAGUACGGAACAGUUUGUGUAAGCCAACUUCCUAACUGCAGCUCCAGCCCAGCAUCCUGCAUCAGGCAACGAUUUCAACGAAAACGUAAGUCCCGAAAAAAAUUG